GUUUCUAAUUGGUUUUAUUUUACUAUGGAUCAGGUCGAUGAGGAAUUUUGUGAAGUUGUGGUUCCCCUUUUAGAUAGCUCUCGAAGUUUUGAAAGAGCCUCUGAUGAUUGUUCUGUUUUAGUCGAAGAAACCGCAAGUGAUGGAGAUGCUGACUUCCACCUUUCUGGUGAUGAUUGCCCUGAUUGUCCUACUAGCGCGUUAAAGCGUUCAAGAGUGAACUCCUCUUCACUCGGGGACGCAUUUUUUAUGGACACAAUGUCAGAAGUUUGCAUCAAACUUUUAGAUUCACAGCAAAUGACAACGGAGAGCGGUGCUACUACGACAAAUGAUAGUUUUUGGGAAGAAGAGCUAAUUACACUAGUUGAGCAAAUGGAGGAUGACCUACGCGAUGAUUGUGAACCCGAUGAAAAUGAAUUCACCAACGUUACGGAUGACUUAUCAUUUAGCUUUGAUCAAGUAAACAACAGUACUUUUGAGGAUCCCCCUGAUUUCUUUGUUGAUGACAAUGAAGUCAUAGGAGAAGCAAGAGAUGGUUGCGAUCAAGGAAAUGCCAUGGAUGAAACGGCACCUUUGUAUCCGGGGUCAAGAGUGACAAUUGGUACGGUCAUGGCGCUGUUUGCGUUGUUUACUAUUAAGUACAAUCUUCCGGCUGAAGCAAUGUCUAAUCUUUUGACUCUCCUUUCAUUGGCGCUUCCUAUAUCUCAUUCUCUUCCUACUACAGUAUACAAAUUUAAGAAGUAUUUUAAGGAUUUACGCAAUCCGCUUGUAAUCCAUCGGUACUGUGCAUUUUGUUUGUCUGUCAUUUCACAGCCGAAAACACGAACUGUUUGCCCAAAUGCCGGAUGUCUCAAAGAUUUAACAAAGAAAAACGCAUUGUCGUAUUUCAUCGAAGUACCUAUUCUUCAACAACUACAACUAUUUUUUUCAAGACCUUCAUUUUAUGAGGAUAUACAAUACAGAUUUAAAAGGAAUAAAAGAAAUAACGAAAACAUUGAAGAUAUUUAUGACGGAAACUUGUACCAUGAAUUGUGUCAACACGGGAUUUUAAGCUCCAAAGACAACAUUUCAUUCUUGAUGAACACAGAUGGUGUCCCGGUAUUCAAAUCUUCGAAGGUAUCUAUCUGGCCUCUGUACUUUGUCAUAAACGAACUUCAAUACUCUAAGCGAAUGUCUCGAGAAAAUAUGUUGUUUGCGGGUCUUUGGUUCGGUGAGAAAAAGCCUGCAAUGUGGACAUUUCUCAAACCUCAUAUAGAAUCACUCAAAGAGCUUGAAAAUGGAAUAGAAUUUGAAUCUCCUUCUAAAGGAAAGUUUACAUGUAAGGCGGUCCUUUUAGCUAGUUCCUGUGACUUGCCAGCUCGAAGCAUGGUUUGCAAUUCUGUACAGUACAACGGGCAACACUCGUGUAUGGAUUUUUCCUUACAACGAAACAGAUCCAAAGGGGCCACUUAGAACAGUCACGUCUACGAUAAAUCAUGCUGCUGAAGCUCUACAACAUUCUAUUUCUGGAAAAGCAAAAA